GAAGUCAAGUGGAGUCGAGUCACGGAGGAAGUGAGGAGUGUGUUCCCUUGCGCCGUCCACACACACACAUGGACUCCUCCUCCUCCUCCUCGCUGCUCUUAAUCCUAACCCUAACCUGACAUCCCCUCGCUACCAUCACUCACUCCACUGCCAUCGCACUUCACACCUCGUCGCAUGGUGCAUGUUGCCAUGACUGCUUGAAACCGACUCCCCCUCCACCAACUCAUCAUCUUGUUGCUGCCGUUUGAUCGACCUUGGCUCAGCUCCUUCUCUUCUCUUCUCUUCUCUUCUCUUCUAUCCUGUCGCGUUGGUCGGGCGGAGUUGGAUCCCACCUGGAGCUAUGGCGGAAGUGGGGCGGAAGCCCAGGAUCUCUGCAGCUUCGGCACGCUCGCACACCCGGCGCGAUGCUCCCAGGCGAGGGCCGGGGUUUUCAGGUUUUGUGCGAAGGCUGGUGAUGCUGGUUGGAGUGGUGGUGGGGAGCAUGGUGUUCAAGGCAAUCACUCCACCGCCGGUGAAUGAGCUGAACAGUCCCGACGGACCGAAGGUGACGGCUCCGCGAAUUGAGAUGCGCGAUGGCAGAUACUUGGCUUAUCAGGAGAUGGGUGUGAAGAAGGAGAGGGCCAGGCACUACGUUGUGCACAUUCAUGGCUACGGUGGGUCGCGGCUGAAGAGUUUGCCGAUUCCGGAGGAGGUGAUGAGUGAGCUUGGUCUGCACGUGGUGUCGUUCGACAGAGCCGGGUAUGGGCAAAGUGACCCGAAUCCGAGGCGGUCCAUUCAGUCGGAUGCAGAGGAUGUUGUGGACCUGGCAGACGGGCUUGGAUUGAGACCGAAGUUCUACGCGAUCGCGACUUCGAUCGGAGGGUAUACGGGUUGGGGGCUGUUGAAAUACAAGCCGGAGAGGCUUGCAGGAGUGGCGUUCUCGGCACCGGUGGUAAACUUCUGGUGGCCGGGGUUCCCGAAGUCGGAGAUGAGCAAGGCAUGGAAUACGCAGCGGAUCGGGGAUAAGAUAUCUUUGACGAUCACUCAUUACGUUCCGAAGCUGACAUAUUGGUACAACAGUCAGAAACGGUUCCCAACGGCGACCGUGGAGAGCGAAGACGGGAUCACGGCUUUGAAUGGAAAGGACCAGGAAAUACUAAAGAAGAUGCCUGAAAUGACUCCUGCCGAGCACUUCAAGGAGGUAUCACAGCAGGGCAAGUUCGAAUCCGUGCAUAGAGAUGUGAUGGUGAUGUUUUCGGAGUGGCCGUUCACACCGAUGGGUUUGGAUAACCCGUUCGAGAUUCCGGUGCACAUUUGGCAGGGGACGGAGGACUACCUGGUUCCUGCCAACCUACAGAAGCACGUGGCGAGCAGCUUGGCGUGGGUGACGUACCACGAGCUUCCCGGGUACGGGCACUUCUUGAACCUGUAUCCCGGGUACCCCGAGAAGGUGGUGCGCAGUCUGGUGGAGGACUCGAACAAGAGGGCGUUCGCGUUGUGAGGGAGAGGUGUAGAGUAGAAAUGGAGGCGGUGUAGAUGAUCGGUUUGGUAGGAUGAGAGACAUGGACGUAGUUUUGGUUGGUUUGUUUUGUGAUAUGGAAUUUAUGGCGGUGGAAUGCGAUGUUUGUGUAAAUAGGCUUGACAUGGAGGUGCAGCCUGUAGAGACGUGAGCUAUGGUAGUGGUGUAGGAGUGGAAGUGGAGGCAGAGGGUGAGAGUGGAAGUUUGGUGAUGUGUACAUUGAUGGAAGGCACGGUGGAGGUGGUGUGGAGAGUUGGGGAGUAGUGGAGGAGGAGUAUGACGUAAAGCAGGUGGAGGUUGCAAGGAAGGCUGAAUGGAAGUGAGUUACAGAAACGAUUGCCAAUGGCUGUGUAC